AUGCCCGCCCUCAUCAAGCGCGGCAAGGCGCACGAGCCCGACACGGUCGACUCGCUCCUGCCAGUGCUCGAGCAGCAACUGCCCGCCCUGUUCGGCGGCGCGCAGGCGACGACGGCCUCGCACCGCAAGCUCAUCAACUCGCUCCACGCCCUCUUCCUCCGGUGCUCGCUCGUCACGACCACGAGCGCAGACGGCCGCUCGAUCCGCCUGUCGGGCGAGAAGGCCUUUGGCGACAAGUUUCGCGAGAUGUGCGCGUUCCCUCUCGGCGUCAAGAAGGGCGUCGACCAGGCCGACCGGGUCGUCAAGUUCGUCGCCGGCUUUGUUGGGUUCGCCGUCGAGCAUGACUUCAAGCAGCGCGAGGGCAACGACGAUGAGGAGGACGACGACGACGACGACGACGGUCCGGCUUCGCGCCUCGUCGCCCAGCUCCUCGCGUUCCUCCUUCGGGGCUUCCAAGCCAAGAGCAAGAUCGCCCGGUACCGCUGCGUCCAGCUCGUCGCCCUCAUGAUCAACAGCCUCGGCGAGAUCGAUGACGAGUCGUACCGCACCCUCAAGACGGCCCUGCUCGAGCGUGUCCGGGACAAGGAGGCGUCGGUUCGGCAGCACGCCGUCGUCGCCCUCUCGAAGCUGCAAGACGCCGACGAGGGUGCGGCCGACAGCGACUCGGACGACGACUCGGACGAUGAAGACGACAAGGACAAGGGCGACAAGCGCAGCGUCACCGAGGUGCUCGUCGAGGUGCUCAGCCACGAUCCGGCGGCCGAGGUCCGUCGUGCCGCCCUCUUCAACAUCAUCCCGUCGCCAACUACCCUGCCUGCGCUCCUCCGCCGCACGCUCGACGUCGACACGACCAACCGCCGCCUCGCCUUCUCGCACGUCCUCGCCGAGAUCCCGCUCGCGUCUCUCACGGUCGCCCAGCGCCAGGUCGUCCUCGGUCGAGGCCUGCGCGAUCGCGAGGAGGCGGUUCGCAAGGCGGCGAGGAAGCUCGUCGGCCGUUGGGUCGAGCAGCUCGCUGUCGAGGAGCAGGACGGGCAGGCCAUCCUCGAGGAGUUUGUCGCCCUGUUCGACCUGCACCAGGACGAGGGUCUCUGCGUCGCCGAGAAGGCGCUCGAGGCGCUGUUCGAGGUCCGGCCCGACCUCGUCGAGAAUGUCGACUUUGACGACUCGUUCUACCAGUCCCUCACGCCUGCGACCGCCUUCCUCGUGCGCGUCUACCUCAACCACCUGCGCGACGCCGAGUCGCCCCUCCUCGCCGACGUCGAGCCCGUCGUCACCGCCCUCGCGUACCACCUCCAAGCCUCGUGGACCCAGCUCGUCGUCGCUCUCGAGGCCGACGAGCGCAACGACGAGCGCGAGGGCACCGGCGAGUUUGUCGUUGGCGAGCUCGUCGGCGUCGCCGUCAACCUCGACUACGGCGACGAGAUCGGCCGGCGCAAGAUGUUUGAGCUCAUGCGCGAGAUGCUCCAGCACUCGCUCCUUCCGCCGUCGCUCAUCCCCAAGUGCCUCGACGUCCUCCUCAAGGGCACGUCCGAGCGCGACUUUAUGCGCAUCGUCGUCGAGAUUGUCCAGUCGCUGCGCGCCGACUCGCAGCUCGUCACGAGCGACUCGGAGCUCGGCGAGCAGGACGACUCGGACUCGAGCUCGAGCAGCGAGGAGAGCGAGGACGAGGACGAGGGCGGGCCACGUGCGAGGAAGAAGGCCAAGGGGAAGGGCAAGGCCAAGGUGCAGGCGCCGCAGCAGGCCGAGCGUCGCAAGGAGCUCGACCUGCGGUGCCUCCUCGUCGUCCGGGCCCUGCUCGAGCGCGUCAUGAGCGCGCUGCAGGAGAACUCGAUGCUGCACGGCCUCGUCGCCGAGCUCAUCGUCCCGUCCGUGCAGACCAAGGACUACGAGAUUCGCUCGCAAGGCCUCGUCUGCCUCGGGCUCUGCUGUCUGCUCGACAAGUCGAUGGCGCUCGACUCGUUCCUCCUCCUCGCACGCCAGAGCGAGUCGACCGUCGGCGAGAUGCAGGUCAAGGUGCUGCAGACGCUGUUUGACCUUCUCGUCCUGCACGGCGUCAACUUUGGGGAGGAACGCGGCAUCGGCACCGACAUCAUCCUCGGCUUCCUCGGCAGCUCGCUCGACCAGGAGGACCCGCGAGCGGCGGCGACGGCGGUCGUCGGCAUCGCCAAGCUCAUGCUCGCCGGCAUGGUCACGGACGAGGAGAUCCUGUCGCGCCUCGUCCUCCUCUACUUUGCCGGCGAGACGGCCGACAACCCCGAGCUGCGGCAGUGCCUGUCGUACUUUUUCCCCGUCUACUGCUACUCGAACCCGGCCAACCAGCGUCGUGUAGCCAACGUCAUGAUCAAGUGCCUUGACGUGCUGCGCAACGUGUACGACGAGACCAAGGACAAGUCGAGCAUGGUGACGCCGCUGCAGAUCGGCGCACAGCUCGUCGACUGGACCGACCCGCAGAAGGCCAUGGACAUUGACGGCAUCCAGCCCGACGAGAGCGUGCAGGUCGACCUUGCCGUCAAGAUGGUCAAGGCGCUGUACCGGUCCGAAGAGAAGGACGGCCGCAAGCUGUGGUGCCAGCUGCUGCCCAAGCUGUACGUGCCCGACGAGGCCGACGACCUCACGAUCAAGGCGCUCCUGGUCCUCCUCGACGAGCUCAAGGACAACCGCCCUCUCGCCGAGGCCGUCCCGCGCAACGCGCUCAACCGGUUCGAGGCGUCGCUGCGCAAGACGUUCGGCGAGCGCGUCGACGCGCUCACGCAGGAGCAGCUCGACGAGAGCGAGGCGCUCGCCGAGAUCAAGGCGUGGGUCGACCGCGUCGAGGGGGACGGCAGCGAGGAGGGCGAGGACGACGACGACGAGGCGAGCGAGGAGAGCGACGAGGACAGUGACGAGGAGGAGGACUGA